UGCACCCCGGAACCUGCACGGCUGCACCGCAUCCAGGUGAGGCCGACCAGCCGAGUGAUCUGACCUGAACCUCCACCGAGCGCGUGUAUCGACGUGAACGAUUCGAAUCCAAUCCACCUGUACUGCCGCCAUGAAUUCGCUCGCUGUCCUUUGCCGCUCGUCACCACUGACACCUGCCUCCUCAUCUCCCUCUCCGUCCCCCAAUCGUCCUGUAUAUAUAAAAGUCCCCCGCUCGCGACCAGCAGCUCACCGCCACGACAUGGCCGCCGCCGCCAGGAUUUCCUCCCGAACCGUCGCCGUGGCAACAACCGCUGCACCACCGGUCAUCUCCCCGAAAGAAAAUCUACACGCUUCCCUUGCCUCCACCUCCGAGCCCCCUCCGCUCUUCGACGGCACGACCAGGUUGUAUGUUGCAUAUCACUGCCCAUACACACGGCGCGCUUGGAUUAACAGGAACUACAAGACACUUAUUAUGGAUCGGAGGGAGUAUGAUUUAUUGCCCAGGGUUUCAGGACAAGAUUAAGGUAGUCGUGAUCGGUCUGGCAGACAGGCCAUCUAGGUACAAGGAGAAUGUUUAUCCAGAAACCAAGGUAUGGUGCCUAAUCUCAGUUCUUUCUCACGUGCAUAAUAUCUUGCUCUGUUUGCAGUCCAUCAUUUCUCUGAUAUCCAUGCACACUUGCCUUUAUUUUUCUACGGGUGCCUUCACUGGAGCAUGACAACCAGGUGAAAGGCGAGAGCUUGGAUUUGAUCAAGUACAUUGAUAGAAAUUUCGAAGGCCCAUCUUUGCUUCCUGAAGUAUGCAUAUAUGUUCAACCAUCAUGAGCGUGAUGCUUGUACAAAGACACAUCAGUUUCUCAGUGUUAUUUACCUUUGCAUUCAUAAAUUGGCAUGAUUCUACACGAAGCAGUCCUCUUAGGAGCUACUUGUAUAUACAGAUGAGUUUAUCAAAGAAUUAUACUCAUAUACAUACUCCCAA